GUAAAUUCAGCCAUAUCAUGUUAAUUUGUGAAUUAAAGUAAUAAACAACCUGGAGAGAAUUAGGGCAGGAGGACCUGGAUGCUGGUUCUGCAUCACCCGCUAUGUUAGCUACGGGAUACAUUUGAAGUUGGAGGUACUUCCAUUUGAUCAGUUUCAAUUAUCAAUCAUCCCAGUAUACAAAAGAUACUAACUGAAGUUGGUCAACAUGUGUUGAAUUCUGAUAUUAUGUUGUCUAUUUAAAAUUGCCAACAAUCGGGCCAUUGUUUAUUCGACAAAGUGAACUUUAAGGUGUUAAUAGUUAUCAGGUUAAGUUGCCAUUAACACGUUUCAAGAUACAUUUUCAAAUGACAAAGCUUCCAUAAGAACUAUCUUACAUGAUAAUUGCUCUUCGCAUCAAUGGUCUCGAUGUUUACUUUGGCUUUGUUCAAAUCGCUGACUCGUACCCAUGUGUUCAAAUUUACUCCUGGUGGUCUUGUAAGCUUUGGUACCUUUGAAUCAUUAAAUGAUUACAAUGCCUAUGAAAUUCUUAUGUUUUUACUAAUGGGUCUAAUUGGUGGAUUAUCUGGAGCGUUGUUUGUGAAAGCUAAUUCAGUCCUAACAAGAUAUAGGCAAAAGAACAUUACAACAAAAUAUAACAAGAUUAUAGAAGCCAUUCUUGUUGUUAGUUCGUUAACUACCACUUUAUGUUUUUCAAUAAUGUGGGCUGUUCGUGAUUGUAGUCUAUUAGCAUAUACUAGCAGUUCUUUCCCUCUCAAGAUGAUGUGUGCGGACAACGAGUUUAAUUCAAUUUCCUCACUAUUAUUUUCAACACCUGAACGUUCCCUCCGAACUCUGCUUCACGAUCCUCCAAUGACAUACAGUAUUUCAGUAUUAACCAUAUUUGUGCUCGUAUACUAUUUCUUGGCUUGUAUUACAUAUGGUUUGUCUGUUCCUGCUGGUCUAUUCAUACCGUCUUUGUUGAUCGGUGCUGGCUGGGGUCGAAUCAUAGGUAAUUUAAUGCAUACUGUUGAUCCAAUUCAUUUCUCCGAUCCCGGUAAAUUCGCACUGAUUGGCGCUGCUGCACAAUUAGGUGGUAUUGUCCGAAUGACAUUAAGUCUAACAGUUAUUCUAAUGGAGGCAACAGGAAACGUAAUUGUUGGAUUACCAUUGCUAAUGACUUUGACUGUUGCUAAAUAUAUGGGUGAUUGUUUGAGCGAAGGGAUCUAUGAUGAACAUAUUGGGUUGAAUAGUAUGGCUUUACUUCCGUGGACACCGCAUUCGCUAUCUGUAACUAAGAGAGCCUAUGACCUGAUGUCUAAUCCAGUUGUGUAUUUAUAUCCUAUCAUGCGUGUUAGUGAAUUAGUUGAACGGAUUGCAAAUAAUUUACAUCAUGGAUUUCCAGUUGUAGUGGGUUCUACAGAUUCAUCAAGAUUUUCAUAUGGUACUUUAGUUGGAAUGAUUUCUUCAGAGCAUUUAGCACUACUGUUGCAAAAACGUGCAUUUUUAUCUAAAGAUGGUAAUAUCGUAUAUUCAUUGACCUAUAAAGAUUAUGAUGAUGCUUAUCCAUCCUAUCCGAAGUUAGGUGAUGUUUUAGCGAAUUUGUCAUGUGAUGAUAUGGACGCCUACUUAGACUUGAGGCCAUACAUGUGUGAAGCGCCAUACAGUGUCCCAGAGACUAUGACAAUGACUCGUGUUUACCAUCUUUUCCGUUUACUGGGUCUCCGGCAUCUACCAGUCGUUGAUAGUCAAAAUCAAGUUCGUGGAAUCAUUACACGAAAAGAUUUAAGACGUUUCAAAUUCGAAUUUGUUAGUGGUGAAUAUCGUGUGGAAGAAUUGAUUUUUUUCACGUAAAAUGUGAUUACUACUUAACUUUUAUCCCUUUUCUCUUUUUAAAAACAAACAAAACAUAUUUUUUAAUUAUUAUUUUUUUGAUUUGACAUCAACAUUGUGUAUUUAUGCUCAUUAUCAGUAUCAACUAACAGAUCCUGAUUCUAUAUGAUUGUGGAUAAAACAUUUAUUGAAUUAACUGACUUACUACUACUACCACUACUACU